GAUGCGAGGCGAUCAGCUGUUGGCAGGAGGACAUUUGACUUUCAGAUAAAGAGCAGCUUGUUAGGUGGAUAUACAUACUUGGGGCUGGGAGGCGGCCGAGAUAGGAGUGGGGCAUGUUCUUGAACGCAGCUUCUCCCCGGAGGUCGUUCAGCAUCCCCAUUAACAUCAACCUGCAGGGUGCUCGCAGGCGGCAGACACGAGAUCUGUUCCACGCGUCGACAGCUCAGCAGCAGGAGUGGAGGGCGGAUGGGCAUGGAGGGCAGCGAGCUCGGACCAAGAUGCCAGUGUCCAGUGUGGGGGAGGACAGAGCCAUCCUGCUGGGCUUCGCCAUGAUGGCCUUCUCUGUGCUCAUGUUCUUUGUGGUCGGCAUGACUGUGCUCAAGCCUUACAUUACCAGUAAGUGGGAGGAGGCCAGCUGUGUUCUCCUGGGGACCGAAAUCCUGGAAGAGUGGGUGGACUGCAGAGGUGUGAGCGCCGUGCCUUGCCUCAGGGUAAAGGUUAAUCUCACAGCCUCCAAUCAGACGGCUCUCCUCCACUUUGACGAGGAACCGGUGCUCCUCGCUCUUGAGUGUUUCUACAUACCGAAAUGUCGGAUGGCCAGAGCAGAACUUCAGAGUGAAGUUGAGGAAGUGAAAAAGUACCUGGACACAAAGCUGGUGAGCCCCACAUCGUGCUUCGCUGACAGUACGCGGCACCCGAAGAACGCCAUCAUGUGCAGGAAGUACACCCUGUUUGCACUGGUGUGGCCCUGUCUGAUGCUGGGUGGCGGAGCUCUGCUGGUGGGCCUGGUGAAGCUGACGCAGUGCUUGGCCCACACGUCGUCUGAGAUGCGCAGCAAGGCUUGGGACGGCAGAAGGACAUCAAGACACGCUCAGGGCAAACUGUACAGACUCCUCCGGAGGUCCAGCACACACUCUCCCUCAUGACGCACGCAGUGGUCGAGCUGCAACAUGCCAAAACAUACCAGUGAUAAACAUGUGAAGCAGUGGCUGUGCCUUCAAACAACCUAAAAGUCAUCUGAGUGUGUGACAAAGACACAAGGCCAACAUAAAGUAAUGCAGUAACCAUAGAAGUGCAAAAUGAAUCCCAUUCCAAACAGUUUUGUGGUAAACUUUGUUGAUGUAACAUUUUAUUUUAGCCUGUAUGUUCUCCGUUUCAGAGAGUGGUGGUUGUUAUAAACUUCUCUGACUUCUUUACAGACUAACAUAACACUAGCGCUUUGGGUUGACAUCACUGUAGUCCUCACUUCACUACAUCACUUCAGAGUUUCCGCCCGGUUCAUACCAGCUAAGCACACUGGUGCAUUAUUUUCCCUGAUGAGUAGGUCAAUAGCUGUUCAAACUGCUGUGCUUGUAUCAUACUCUAAGUACUUGUCCGCCCAUUAUUUAAAAAAAGCGUGUGACAGCAGUGAUCCCACAGUCGGCUAAACCCAGAAUCAUAAAAGCACAAGAAACCUCCUUUAUGUCUCUGCCUGAGUUAUUUUUAAAAACAUUUGGUCCCUUUGCAGUUGAAUAAUACUAACUAUAUAAUACUAUUAACACUAAUACUACACAAUAAUGCUUAUAAAAAGUUAUUUGUUGACACCAAAAAGCAAAAAUGAACACACUGGAAGCAUGAAAAGGCCUCGUAACCUUCUGUUAGUCACCAGCGUUUGUUUUCCCCGCGCAGGUUCUGAUGAUGCAUGAUCACCAAAACAGUCCAGUCAGCGAGUCACAUGUCAGUCUGUUUAACUUCCUCGUGGUUGGUUUGUAAAAAGCCAGUGUGUACAGGGAACGGAUCAUACGUUAAAAAUCAGGGUAAACAGGAAACGGAUCACACGACUUUUAACGUAAUCCUGUUCACGUUGUGUAAACAGGAAACCAUACAAAACGUAAAUGUAACGAUGUAUAUUUUUUUUCAUACAUACUGGAUUGUUCUGACAGAAGUACAGUACAAUCCAAUGCAAUCACUACAGCACAUGCAGGAAAACCGUUUUUGUUCAUAGGAUGAUAGGGGUGAUUAAUAUGUACUGUGAAAUCGCAAUGAAUACAUUGGAUUGGACUGAUUAGCUGGCUAGCUGGCUGGAAUAGCCUAAGGUUUGCAGAUCCACUGGGAUCACUGCAUGGAAUUUGCUGGAUUUUACGGUACAUAAUAAGAUAAAAUAUAGCCUUCACGGCAGGUUACAGUGUGGCUUGAUUCGGUAGUUUCUAGUGUCUCCUCCCUUUUUCCUCUCAGACAUGGUAUUGCCUAAAAGCACAUAUGUUGGAGACAACUUAAAGCAGCAUUGUGUAACUUUUGGUUUUAUCUUAAACAACUUCAAAAUCAUGUUGAUGGUACGGUUUAAGUCUGCCCCCAUCACUUGUUUCUGCAGUAUGUAGCUUCAGUGAGAGGGCGGGAUCACAGCGUUACAAACAUGUUUUAAGUUCAACAUGC